AAUUGUUAAUACAAAAUACAAAGUUUAUACGGAUGAUUUUCCAUGACAUACGCAGACUGAAUUGUUUUAUUUAAGGUAGUUUUAUAAAACUAGUUGCCAAACCGGUUAUCGACCAUCAAAAUAUUUUACCCGUCGAAUUUUCUGUACGAUCGACUUUCUAAUCGACACAUAUAUACGAAUUACGUUAGACCUUUUCUAUAUGCGAUCUAUUAGCAAUUUGAAUAUAUAUUCGGAGAUACUAAGCCUCGUAAAGUAUUAUAACCUGAGGCUACUGAUAAGGCAUAGUCGAGGCAGUUCCUUCUUAUAAAACAGAGGAACGUAUAGUUAGUAACAUUUGUAUCGCACAGCUGGAGCAAGUGAAUAGCAGAGUUUAAACGUGAGUUUGUUUGAACAUUACAGACACAGCAUGCAGUUCUUUCGCAAAGGAAGUAUGUCGAGAGUAAAAAUUUUUGCGAUAUUAAUUGCACUUUUUUGUUUGACAAACGAGUUAGUUUUAAGUGAUAGUAAUUAUUGUUAUUCCGACGAUGAACAUCCCUAUCUAUACGCUGGUACGAAGACGGCUUAUGAAGUCGAACAUGGCUUAAUUAAAAAUACUACUCUUCCAAAUUGCAAGCCAGUCCAAAUUUGGAUGUUAAUUAGGCAUGGAACUCGCAAUCCUGGAAAGGAUCAGAUCAAAAGCAUGAAACAUAAUUUGCCAAAACUUCAAAGUAGCAUCAUCGAGAAUCAUGAAAAAUAUGGAAAUGGUAGUUUAUGCCAGAAGGACUUAGAGAAACUAAAAACGUGGAAGUUAGAUCCAAAUCUUAAAAAACACCGAUCCAAGUAUUUGACAACUCAAGGUGAAAAAGAUUUAUCAUCGCUUGGUGCACGGUUUAAAGAUUAUUUCCCGGAACUUUUGCAAUCCUAUCCGGUUGAUAUUUUAAAGCAAAUAUACAAAUUUAGGUCGACAGAUCUGCAACGAACUAUAGCUAGUAUGGAACAUUUUAUUAAUGGGCUCUUCGGUAAUGUAACCAUCGACAACACGGUGGUAGUACCAACUUCUAAGGAUACUCUGUUACAGUAUUAUAAAAUUUGCAAGGCAUGGUUGGAACAAGUGCAUAAUUCGACGGGCAAGUCCGAAGUUGAUAAAUUUUUAGAUAGUCCAUCAUUCAGAGAAAUAAUUGGCAAUGUUAGUCAGCGACUUGGCUUUUCGAACAGCCUCUCUUUCGAUGAUGUCUUAAUUAUGUACACCGCAUGCAUUUUUGAAAAUGCUUGGUACAUAAAUGAAAGAUCUCCUUGGUGUGCCGCUUUUACAAAAUACGAAGAUGAACUAUUCGAGUACGAAGAGGAUCUGUAUUAUUAUUACCACGCCGGUUACGGCGAAGAAAUGAGCAGUGUCAUUGGAUGUCCACCGUUACAGGACAUGUUUAAUCGUUUUAGAAAAUUGGAGAACGAAGACUCAAGCGAAGAACCACAAGGCGUUUUCUAUUUCACUCAUAGUACGGCGCUUCAGUUGCUUUUAACAACAAUGGGGGUUGCAAAAGACUCGAUACCUUUGAAAGCUUCGAACUUUGAAAAUGUGAGAAACAGAAAGUGGAAUAGUUCCCGUCUGGCACCAUUCGCUGCGAAUCUUGCAGCCAUUUUCUAUAGGUGCGAUUCGUCGAAUAAAGUUAGAUUUUACUUAAACGAGAAACCUUUAGAUUACGAAGGUUGUGAAUUGGGCGUGUGCGAUUGGGAAUAUUUGAAGGAGAAAAUGGGACCCAAUGCCUUCGACUGUAACACAGAUUUUUGUAAAGCUGAUACAACAAAAUAAUUACAUAUUACAUGUAACGUAGAAUCUUAUUUUAUUAUUAAUGGUAUUAAUGGUAAGCGUUACGCAAAAGAAAACAGUGAAGUAAUUUAAUAGCAGGAGUGAUUCCGUAGUGAUUACGUAGAUUAUCAUAUGUGCCUUUGUCAGGAAUUGUGUUGAAGAAAUUACAGUCUGACAACCUGUACGUAUAUGUUCGAAGCAACGAAGCUAGACGACCUUAUAUUACUGCCAUAUAAGCUGGUGUGAUGAACGAUAUGCUCAUAUAUGACACCUUCAAAUUUAAUCACAUUUACUUGAUAUCAUCAGAAAAAUCUUUAUACAUAUUUGUUUAACUUCGAAAGAGAUAGCGGAGUAAUAAUAUUUAUUAUCAUUUGUUAUUCUAUUUUAUUUGCCAUCUGUAAUUACUACUGUAUUACUACAUAAUUACUGUACUGUAUUUAAAUACAUAAAUAUAAUCUACCUGCUGCGUGAAAUUAGAAUAUUAGGAUUAAUGUAUUUAUACUUGAAUAUAUCAAUUUAUACUUGAAUCAAUUACGCGUUAGUCAUUUUAAUUUGCUGAUUUAUGAUUAUAAUUCAUUGAUUUAUGAAUUACAAUUCACCGUCGAUAUUUAAAUACAUUCUACAGUAUCAAUAAAUGUUCUCGUAGAACGUAAUUACUUCUUCAGUUCCAGUAACUAUAUAGCUUUAGCAGAGUACAAAAUGUAUAGACUGCACACAUACGAAUCAACGAAGCUUGACGACCUUAUGUCAGUGGCACCUGGAAUACCGUGACCAAUGCUGGUCAGCAGGGGUGUGCGUUUAAACGUUGUAACGAAUGAUAAUCUGAUGCUUGAAAUACUUGAAAAAAAUUUCAAUCUAGUUUUUUCAGUAGUUUACCUUCAAUCUUUCCAGCAGUUUCUCAGAAUACGAAAGAAAGAUUUUUAACGGUACGAAGAAUUUAUUUUCAGAGUCUUAUAAACGUUCGUAAUACGUCCAUAUGUGUCGUGACGAAAAAUAAAUUAUUAUAGCAGGUUAUUUUAGCGGAACUUAGGGGGACUUGUUUCCCCAGGUUCUUAUUGAUUGCGCGUGCUCAAAGUGACGGACCUUUACGAUUUUAUAGAACGCAUGAAACACUACGUUGGGCCAACGAGGGUUCAAAGGCUACAAACCGUAAUACACAAUUCGCAGGGUCUAUCGCUGAAACUAUACGACUUUUACACGCUAGGAGCAACGAAGCUCGACGACCUUACGGCAGUGCCACACGAGCUGCCGCCUCGAAAGGUGGUCGCGAUCGGCAUACAAACAACGACUACGCGCAUUUCAUGGUAUUGUCAUAGUUGACUUGUAUUUUAAACAGUGAUAUAGUGCCUCACUCAGUGAUUCAUGCACAAAUCCUCGAUAUUGCUUGAGAAUCCGUGGAAUCUAUCGUCGAAGAUCGAUCGUUCCAAGCGCCGCGUCGGGUCGUGAAGUUCUAGAACUUGGUCGUACAAUCUUCGCAUAAAAAAUAAAGAAAAACAAAGAAAGAACACCAAAACUUAUUGAUAAAAGUUGAAUCUGACAUAGCUUAUCGUACGAAUCGCAU